AUGAAGUUCAACUCCGUUGCAUUGACCCUGGCUUCGGCGGGUUCCCUGGUGGCCGCCCAUGGUCACCACGGCCACGCUCACUUCCACCAGCGUGCUGUUGAGACUGAAAUUGACACCGCCGUUGUUGCUGGUCCUACCACUUACGAAUUCGUUGUCUUGGACCCCGAGCACUCCGGUACCACCGAGAAGAUCAGCCUCGAACAGGCUUGUGAGGGUCUUGCAGACCACGAGCUGGAAUGGCUCGGCGAUGCUGUCGCGGCCGCCUGCGCGACCAGCACCACUGUCAGCACCUCCACUCCCACUCCUACUCCCACUUCUACUUCUAUCUCGACCUCGACCUCGACCCCGACUCCCACCUCGACCUACACUCCCGAGGUGCUUGUCCAGACCUCUGCGGUCAUCUCCAGCUCUUCGUCGAGCUCCACCAUCUCCAGCACCAGCACCAGCAGCAUUGUGACCUCCAGCUCUUCUAGCUCCUAUGCGGUUGCUUCCAGCACCUCCACCGCCAGCUCUGGCGCCACCGGAAUCGACGCUGAUUUCCCCGAUGGAGAGAUCAGCUGCUCCGAGUUCCCUUCCGCAUACGGUGCUGUUGCUCUCGACUAUCUCGGCCUCGGUGGCUGGGCCGGUAUCCAGUAUGUCAGCCUCGUUGACGAGAUCGUCAGCGACAUUGUGACCGCCGUUAGCGGUGAAAGCUGUACUGAUGGAGGCAUGUGCUCCUACGCCUGUCCCGCCGGUUACCAAAAGAACCAGUGGCCCUCGACCCAGGGCUCCACUGGCCAGUCUAUUGGUGGUCUUAAGUGUGAGGGUGGCAAGCUGUACCUCACCAACACUGAACUUGGUAGCACCCUUUGCAUCCAGGGUACCGGUGGUGUUCAGGUUCGCAACGAGCUGAGCCAGGAUGUUGCCAUUUGCCGGACCGAUUACCCCGGUACUGAGUCCGAGACUAUUCCCCUGGCUGCCACCGCCGGUGGUACCCACGAGCUCACUUGCCCCAACAGUCUCACCUACUUCCAGUGGGAGGGCAAGUCCACCUCUGCGCAGUACUACGUGAACAACAAGGGUGUUUCCACCGAGGACGGUUGCCAGUGGGGCUCCAGCUCCAAGACCAUGGGCAACUGGGCCCCCAUGAACUUCGGUGUUGGCUACACUGAUGGCACCACCUACCUGUCCAUGUUCAAGAACGAGCCCACCACUGAUGCUGAUCUUGAUUUCAAGGUCAAGAUUGUUGGUGACGACCUGAGUGACGAGUGCAGCUAUGACGGUGCUGGAAACUUCUACAACAGUGAUGGCUUGAUUGACAGCUCCACCAACGGUUGCACUGUCGGCUUCUCCAGCGGCAGCGCCUACUACGUUCUGUACGAGUAA